AAAUGAAGCAGUCAGUUCAAGUAAAUUGCAGAAGUUAAACAAACUUCUUUGCAUUAUUUAACAUGUCUUCAAAGAAGUGGCGUAGAACUGGACAGCCAGAUGUGUACCUUGAUAAAGAUGAUGAGUUUACACCGAUGAUCGUCACCGUGUAUAACUCGGACACAGUGGUCAGUCCAGUAAAGUCCCCUUGCUCCCUCCGUGAUAAGAGAGUGGACAGCCAGGCUGAAGAGAUGGAGGGGGAAAUGAGUUCUGAUGGAGAUUUUCUGUCCUCUUCUGAUGAGUACCAGCCUGAAUCUGAGGAGGAGUAUUUGGAUUCUGAAAGUGACUUUUGGGAGGAGAGUGAGGACAGUGAACCAGAAGAGAUCAAGGUGGAAAUGAAUAUAGGUCAG